GUUUUCUUUUAUCUGUUUCCUUGCCCAAAUUUUCCUUUCACUUCCUCUUGCUCUUUAAGUUACCAUGCCUCUGGCCCUCAAUGAAUCCUUUUGGUGCAGGACCAAAAGAAUGAGAAGAUUGAAGAGCAAGAAGUGGAAAAAGAUUUAAAAAAAAGAAAGAAGAGAAAGGAGAGGGGGAUGGCUUCUGCAAAGAAGGGUGGUGAGAAGAAGAAGGGCCGUUCUGCCAUCAAUGAGGUGGUGACUUGAGAAUACACCAUCAACAUUCACUGGUGCAUCCAUGGAGUGAGCUUCAAGAAGCAUGCCCCUGGGAUACUCAAAGAGAUCUGGAAAUUUGUCAUGAAAGAAAUGGGUACUCCAGAUGUGUGUAUUGAUACCAGGUUCAACAAAGCUAUCUGGGGCCAAAGGCAUAAGGUAUAUCCCAUACCUUAUAUGCAGUUGUCCAGAAAAUGUAAUGAAGAUUCACCAAACAAGCUCUAUACUUUGGUUACCUAUGUACCUGUUACUACUUUCAAAAAUCUACGGACAGUCAACAUGGAUGAUAAUUAACUAGUGAUUGUCAGACACAUCAAAUAAAGUUAUACCCCCUACCCCCAAAAAGAAUGAACUUAAGUGAAGUGGAUGUCUUAGUUCUCUUGGGCUGCUAUAACAAAAUAGCAUAGAGUGUUCUAUAAACAACAGAAAUUUCUUUCUCGCAGUUAUGAAGUUCAAGAUCAAGGUGCCAGCAGAUUUGGCACCUGGCAAGGGCCUACUUCCUCAUAGAUGGCCAUAUUCUCACUCUUACCUCACAUAGCAGAAGGAGUAAAGGGUCACUCUCAGGCCUCCUUGAUAAGAGAACUAAUCCCAUUGGUGAGGGCUCUGCCCAAUCACCUAAUCACAUCUCAAAGGCCCUACCUCCAGAUAUUAUCACAGCAGGGAUGGGAAUUUCAACAUAUAAGUUUUGGAGGGGGAUAAACAUUUAGAUUCUAGCAGUAGGUGAAUAAGUUAUUGCACAGACAGACCUAUGGUACAGAAUCUAUACAAAGGGUGUGUUUUGAUGUGGAUAAGUUCACAGUGGAUUCAGUGUGAAAAAAGGAGUUUGUUAUAAAACAUUAUGUGUAGAGUCCCAUUUUGUGAAGGACCAAUACUUACAGUAAAUAACAGUACACAACACCACAUGAAAGUCUUAUCUGCGUGAUAGGAUCUUCAUUUUCCUUGCCUAAAAUGAACAUGUGUUUCUCGUGUGUAUACAAUUAGUAAAACCAAAGCAACCACUGAAUCUGCACGUCCACUUAUUUCAAAUAUAAACGCUGACCUAUAGUAUUGCACAGUUGCUUACUUGCAGGCAGGCAAGCCUGUGGCUGUCCCCUUUCCUGAUGUUUUUCGCCCUUGGAUAAGGUCGCAUUACAUCUUCUUGGUGGCGGCUGGUCUGGAAGGCAGGGGGAACGUGGAUGGAGUGGCCACAGGCUGGGCUGUGUUUAGAGGAGGAAGUGGAGAGAACACAGCUAGACCUCUGGGGGUCUGCUAGCUGGGCCUAGGAGGGCCUGGGCCUCAGCGUCCUCUUUGCUCUCCUUAUCUGGCCUCUGUCCUGUUUCUUUGAAAAAUAUGUAUGUCUUGAAUGCUUCUCUAAUUCUGACAGGGCCUGGGGUUCUGCGGGUGCUGUGCUGGCCUCCUGCUGCCCUCUGACAGCUCUUCCUGUUAGCGUUGGAGCCUGGACAAGGAGACCACUCUGGUUUAUAAUGGGAACCUCCCCAGUUUCUAAUAAGUGACCGUGACCCUCAGUGCAACCUCCACUGCUCCAGGACUCAACCAAAACCCCUCUGUGCCUCAGACGGCAGAUCCUACGAGUCCAUGUGUGAGUUCCAGCGAGCAAAGUGCCGAGACCUGACCCUGAGCGUGGUCCACCGAGGUAAAUGCAAAGAUGCUGGCCAGAGCAAGUGCCGCCUGGAGCGGGCUCAAGCCCUGGAGCAAGCCAAGAAGCCUCAGGAGGCUGUAUUUAUCCCAGAGUGCGGCGAGGAUGGCUCCUUUACCCAGGUGCAGUGCCAUACUUACACGGGGUACUGCUGGUGCGUCACCCCAGAUGGGAAGCCCAUCAGUGGCUCUUCUGUGCAGAAUAAAACUCCUGUAUGUUCAGGUUCAGUCACCGACAAGCCCUUGAGCCAGGGUAACUCUGGAAGGAAAGUCUCUUUUCGGUUCUUUUUAACCCUCAAUUCAGAUGAUGGGUCCAAGCCAACACCCACAAUGGAGACUCAGCCAGUGUUCGAUGGAGACGAAAUCACAGCUCCUACUCUAUGGAUUAAGCACUUGGUAAUCAAGGACUCAAAACUGAACAACACCAACAUAAGAAAUUCAGAGAAAGUCCACUCGUGUGACCAGGAGAGACAGAGUGCCCUGGAAGAGGCCCGACAGAAUCCUCGUGAGGGCAUCGUCAUCCCUGAGUGUGCUCCCGGGGGGCUCUAUAAGCCAGUGCAGUGCCACCAGUCCACUGGCUACUGCUGGUGUGUGCUGGUGGACACAGGGCGCCCGCUGCCUGGGACCUCCACUCGCUACGUGAUGCCCAGUUGUGAGAGUGACGCCAGGGCCAAGAGCACGGAGGCCGAUGACCCCUUCAAGGAUAGGGAGCUACCAGGCUGUCCAGAAGGGAAGAAAAUGGAGUUUAUCACCAGCCUUCUAGAUGCACUCACCACUGACAUGGUGCAGGCCAUUAACUCAGCAGCGCCCACUGGAGGUGGGAGGUUCUCCGAGCCAGACCCUAGCCAUACCCUGGAGGAGCAAGUGGUGCACUGGUACUUCAGCCAACUGGACAGCAACAGCAGCAGCGACAUUAAUAAGCGUGAGAUGAAGCCAUUCAAGCGCUACGUGAAGAAGAAAGCCAAGCCCAAGAAAUGUGCCCGGCGUUUCACCGACUACUGUGACCUGAACAAGGACAAGGUCAUUUCAUUGCCUGAGCUGAAGGGUUGCCUGGGUGUUAGCAAGGAAGUAGGACGCCUCGUCUAAGGAGCAGAAAAUCCAAGGGCAGGUGGAGAGUCCCGGGGAACAGGACCGACCCCACCGUCAGACACCUGACCUUCAGCGUUGCCCACUGCCCAGCCACACCCUGUGUAACUAAGCGGUGCCCACCAUGUUUGCACUUUUAAUGACUCUUACUUUAGUGUUUUGUUUUUGGUUUCAUUUUUAAACACCAAUAUCUAAUACCACAGUGGGGAAAGGAAAGGGAAGAAAGACUUUAUUCUUUUUCUUAUUGUUAAGUUUUUGAUUUGCUACUGACAACUUUUAGGUUUUGGGGGGGAAGCGAGGGUGUUGUUGGGGCUGAGAAGAAAGAGAUUUAUAUACUGUACAUAAAUAUAUAUGUAAAUUGUAUAGUUCUUUUGUACAGGUGUUGGCAUUGCCGUUUGUUUAUUCCUCCCCUCUCCCUGCUGUGGGUUUGGGCACUCUGGACACACAUGGUCCAGCUUUCUAGAACCCAGGACACUAUCCCCAGCCUACCUGAUUCUGUUUGGAGACUGAUACUUGUGUGUGUAUAGAAGGGGAGCCUUGUGAUCGUGGCUUCACCGGCUCUCUUUUGGUGGGAUGACUGUUUUGCCUCAAGCCAUUUGUUAUCAAGGUUGACAAGUCACUUGGCCUUCUCCUGGGAGACUGAGUUAGGAGAGGUGGGAAUUGCCCCUGGAGAGGGGGCAGUCCAGGUCUUGAGUAGCCAGCACAGGCACCAGCGUCGCUUGGCCCGUGUGUUCGUGGUAUCCAGAUGCCUGGGGACCCUCGGCCAAUGCCUGCACCAGUAUCUUAGUGGGCAGACUAUCCACAAAGCAUCUGCUUAGGUCAGUUUAAACAUUUUCAUCCAUGUUCGGUGUCAGCACUGUAUACAGCAUGAGGGGGGAGGCAAAGAAGAAAAAGAUACACGGCAAGUUUUUUACUUUUGUUUUAGGAGAUGUUUCAUAUCUAAGCAGUGGGGGGAGGAGGACAGAAAACCUGUACCCAGGAGUGUGGUGCCAACAGGAAAACUCAGAGGCGCCCAGAGAUGCAGCUGUCUCAGCGUGAGGCAGACAGCUUUGACCUCACCUCUCCUCCACACCCACUGUUGUCCUCAGUGGGGUCACAGGCCUGAGGGUGGGUGGGGUUGGUCACCUUGUUGGUAACAGUAUAGUUGUUCAAUUGUUUUUCUUAACCCAAUCCUGAAGUUCUUUUCUCUUAAAUUCUAUUCCCUUAAAUUUUCUUUUGGUCUUCUAGCCUUUAGGCCAUUUCUAGACAUGAAACUGAUCUUGAAUCUGCAACUUCUGCCUCCUGAGAAGGCCGGAAUAAUGGGCCAGCUGAGGGGAAGCCCAGGCCUAGUUUUCCACAGGGGUUUUGCUGGGAUGCCAGUGUGGGUGGCACAGCCUUGGGGUCAGCUGCACAGCUUCCUUCACCCGGGUGGUGUACCCACCCAGGGGACCUCCAGACAGACCGACAGUAACCCUUAGUGCCUCUUGCCAUGAGCAGCUGUGAUGGCAGUGAGGGAGGUCCGGUAGCCCCUCACUGGUGCCCUUGUCUGAUGGCUCUGGGAAAUCUGGCCUCAUCUUGCAUUCCAUCCCAGAUCCCCUAAGUGCCUCUGCCGUGGCAGGCUGUGUAUGGCAUUCUGGGUCUGGAAAGCAUUGACACCAUAGUGCUGCCCGUGGGAGGGGCAUGGCCCUCUCGGGACAUGAUCUGAUGAGGUCUCAGGCUAGAGAAGGCCCCCAAUAUCUUGGAAAAAGUUCUAGAGGUUGUCUCAGGGAUGACUGGUGACCACAUCCUGACAUGGUAAGGUGGAAAGGAAGCCCUAUCCCGUUGGCCCUGACCAGAAAACACAGUGUGCUGGAGCUGGAUGGACCUUGCAGGAGACCCCAGCCCCAUUUGCAACCUGGAGGAAGCAUGUCCAUGGGGAGAAGGCACCUGCUGUAGAAGUCCAGAAUCUCCUAUAGGCGUCUUGUCCCUAACACGUGUGAAGGCUGUGGUUUUCCUUUGUGAGGGAGGGAGGGAAACUAUUUGUAGCUUGUUUUAUAAAAAAUAAAAAUGGAUAAAACUUGG